AUGACUCAAGCUGUGAAACAUGCGCACGACAGCAGCAAUAACACCACAGCAGACGCCGGCUCAUCCUUGAGCGAGCAAAAACAUAUCAAGACACCAAAGCCAAGAAAUUCCGAGGCACGCAAGGAACAGAACCGGAUAGCAUCUAGAGCCUAUAGAGAAAAGAGAAAACAAAAACUUGCCCUUCUAGACCAAAUCUUAAACAUCGAGGACACGGACGCAGCAAGCUCGCCCAGUGAUAUUGACGGCAUCAGCCAGGGCAGUCUCUCGGUAGUCGCGCAGAGCAGAGAACCGUCCCAGAGCCCUGUUCCGGCGACAACAACAUCAUUAGCCACUGCCCCGCCAGUACUAUCAUGGCUAUCCACCUCGUCCAACACUCAUCUACCUGGCGAGUCUCUGUCACUUGAUAUGACGGGAGGAGGAGGAGGACGAGGAGGAGAAGCCUUUGGUAGUGAUAUGUGGUUUACAGAAUACGAAUACACCGACAGCACCAUUAACAACAACAAUAAUAACACAACCACUCUAUUCGGGGCCACAGAUCACCAAGACUUCAUGACAACGCCAGCGUAUCCCAACCACCACGCGCACCAAUACACGGCCGACUAUGCAACAUCUUCUGACCUACAUCAUCAUCACAUAGCGCCGUCCACGCCUCCGCAAACGUGCCUCGACACGGGAGCAAUGUACGACACCACCACAUGGCUAUCGCAGAGCAAGGAGUCACCAUCCGAAACGCCAGUGGCGGCCGCCCUGGCUGUCUUUUCACAUUUGAGCCCGACGCAGCAAGAUCAGAUGCUGGAAAUCAUAUAUAAGCAGCGAGGGAUACUUGGGACGACCUCCUUGAACAAUGGUGUGAACUGUCCCGCAACACCACCGUCAGACUUGUCAUAUGGCCCAAGGACAUACGCACAUCAAUACCGGGAGAGUGUCUCCAAGUCAAACAGACCGAGAAGUCAUUAUCAAGGCGUCUGA